UAUGGAGCUUUGUUGCGCGUCGCCGCCACCCCCAAACAUCGCAAUCCACCGUCCUCAUCCUCCGUUUUCACCGUUCCUAUCUCCUCAAUUUCACCUCAAACCCUAAUUGGCCCCACUCUGCGCUCAAUUCCAGUUUCCGAAACCAUGUUUUCUUGGAACAUUGCGAAAUCGGCGGAGUCCAUGUUCUCCCGGUGGGCCAUGAGGAGGGUUUGCAAGUUCUUCCUUAAGAAGAAAUUGGGGCAGUUUAUUUUGGGCGACAUCGACCUCGACCAGCUCGACGUGCAACUCACACAAGGCACCAUUCAGCUCAAUGAUCUUGCUCUUAACCUCGACUUCAUCAACGCCAAGUUUAGCAAGACAGCAUCCUUAAUGAUCAAAGAAGGAUCAAUUGGCCACCUGUUGGUUAAAAUGCCUUGGAGUGGUAAAGGUUGUGAGGUUGAAGUGAAUGAGCUUGAACUCGUAGUUUCUCCAUGCACAGAUAAAAUCUCAACUAGUGGAGAUGAAACUUGUGGUUCUGAGGAUAAUGAUAAUCGCCACCUCAAGAAUACCUCAACUAGGACUGAGCAUGAAAUAGCAGAUGAUGCUCUGAAGUCAACGUCUAUGGAUGUUCAUGAAGGUGUGAAAACUAUUGCAAGGAUGGUAAAGUGGUUGCUCACAAGCUUCCAUGUGAAAAUGACAAACGCAAUUGUUGCAUUUGAUCCAUCUUUAGACAAUGAAGAGAAAAAAACACAGUGUCAUCGUACCUUAGUUCUUCGAAUUUCUGAAAUACAGUGUGGAACGAGUCUGUCUGAAGAUACUGACUCAAAUGUUGAUGUCCUUGGAAUAAGCCAGUUAACAAACUUUGUAAAGUUUCAUGGAGCAGUACUUGAGCUUCUCAACAUAGAUAAUGAAGAUAACCAGUCAUCCUUUCAUCAUGUACCAGGAGACGGGUGUGGUGAACCUGUUUUGGGGUCUAAUAAAGCCACAUGUCCAAUCAUGACUGGGAAGCAAGGUGGUGGAUUUGGUGGAAAUGUAAAAUUAAGUAUUCCUUGGAACAAUGGUUCUUUGGACAUUUGUAAGGUGGAUGCAGAUGUUUGUGUUGAUCCUAUAGUGUUAAAAUUUCAACCCAGCACAAUUAAAUGGCUCUUGCAGUCAUGGGAAACUUUUAAGAAUCUGAACAAGGAUGGAAAUGGUUGCUUGAAUCACAACGUAGGAGGUUCUGCCAUAUUGAAUUCUACAUUGUUAUGCCAUCCAUCAGCUUCAGUGUCUGUUCCCAAUGCCACCAGUGAAAUGUUAACUGGUCAUGGUAGUUUGUCGGCUGAUUGUGCUUCUCUGACCCAACCAGAACCCCCUACUGAAGCUUUGUUUCCCGCGGCUCAUCUUAUAUCAGAUUGGGUGCCAUAUUCUACUCAUAUUAAGCAUAAGGAUGGUAUUCAAGAACUUGAUUUUGGGGCAAGUGUGGACCAGUUUUUUGAAUGUUUUGAUGGAAUGAGAAAUUCUCAGUCAGCUUUAGGGAGCAGUGGAAUGUGGAAUUGGACAUAUUCAGUUUUUAGUGCUAUUACUGCCGCAUCCAGCCUUGCUUCUGGAUCUUUGUAUAUUCCAUCUGAACAGCAACAUGUGGAAACCAAUCUCAGGGCAACUUUUGCUGGAGUAUCUGUUAUUUUGUCUUUCUGUGAUGAACAGAACCAUUUUUAUGACCCUAAAAUUAACAAGAUGGUUGGAUUACAAAUUGAUUAUCUUGGUGCAGAGUGCAAUGAAAUCGUUUUUUCUUUGGAGGUACGUCCUCAAGGUAUGACUUCUAAUGUAAUGGUGAAGCAUGUAGAAGUUGCUAAUUUCUUGAACACUGGAAUUGAUGCUAAAAAUCAAAGUGCUUUGGUUCAACACCUACAAGCUAAUGUCCUUGAUGCUCUCCCUCUGUCUACUUCUUACAAUCUAGAUUCAGAUUCAUUAAUUGGGUCAGUUGUGACAGAUUUUCCAUUUGGAAAUAAGGAUUGCUUAUCAAAAGUUACAUUGUUUAGAACUUCUGGUGUUACCGAUUGCAAAUUUACUGUGCAAUCUAGUUCAUCAGAUGGUUGUCUGACUGGGCUGACAUCAUUCUCACUGAACCUUCCCCCAUUUAUUGUCUGGGUAAUCUUUUCUGUAAUAAAUGUGCUCAUUAACCUGCUAGAGGAAGUUGGAAAGUCACUUGAAGUGCAGGAUAAAGCAAAGGAAAUUCUGUCUGAAGCCUCAGAUAAGAAGUGUGGAUCAUCGCUGGGUGAUGUGAAGGGAAGUUCUAGUCCCUGUGUGACAUCCUUCUCCACAACAGAAUGUUUGCAUGGUGAUAUAUCAAUUUCUAGUGCAAGAGUAAUACUGUGUUUUCCUUUUGAAAGGGAAAGAGAUCAUGCAACUUCGUUUUCCUGGGAACAGUUUAUUGCUCUUGAUUUUACUUCGUCAUCACCUUCAAACAAGGGUUGCACUUCGGAUGGUAGUCAAACAUCAAACGCAAGUUCAAAGAAAACAUUUCCUUCAGUUUCUACACAAUCUCUUCAGUUGAAUUUUUGUGAUCUAGAUUUCUACUUGAUCACAUCAUCAAGUAAUAACAGUGUUAGAAUCAGCUCCUAUGAUGUGCAGAAUGAGAAAUUUUCGGCUAGCUGCUUUCUUUCUAUUGCAUGCAGAAAGGGUUCUUACUCUGUUGUUCGUGUAGUUUGGCAAAGGGGUCAAGUGACUGGUCCUUGGAUUGCUAAGAAAGCCAGAAUAUUUGCUAAGCCAGAGCAAUCAAGGGGCAAAGAUGAUAUUGCAGGAAGAGGGUAUGAGUUCGCAUCUGCAUCAACGGUGAAAGAUCUGGAAGAUUGGAAAUCUCAAACUCAACAAGAGAUGAUUUUAAGCUCAUCACUUCUCAUACAUGUCCAUCUAUCUGAAGUUGUGAUUAAUGUGAAUGAUUCUCAAUAUAAAGGCAUAUAUUGCCUUUUACUUCAGAUGCUAAAUGCAUUGACUUGUGUGACUUCUGAGGAAGCAAUUGUUGAGAAAGAAUCUUCUGUCCCACAAUUAUCUGUGUUUAUGGAAUGUGAUUCUGUAGAAAUUCUUAUUAGUAGUGAUACAUCUGAGAUGUUUGACAGGAGUAUCAGAAGCUCAAUGCAGAGGGAACUUCCUGGUCUUUGGCAUCAAUUCAAGCUGAAGGUUCAAAAGUUUGAGUUAUUGUCUGUCACUAAUACUGGUGGUGUUAAGAAUGCUAAUUUCUUUCGAAUAACCCAUGGUGAAGGCAAGUUGUGUGGGUUCAUCACUGGAGUUCCUAAUCAUGAGUUUCUUCUGAUUACUUGUAGCAACUCCUCUGUGAAGCGGGGUGAUGGAGGAGGUUCUAAUGCAUUAUCUUCUAGAUGUGCUGGUUCUGAUAUCAUAUAUCUGUCUGACCCUGAGAUUUCACAUAAUAUUACAUCUAUAACUGUCAGUUGUGGCACAGUUAUUGCUGUAGGCGGUCGUUUGGAUUGGUUUGAUGCAAUACCAUCCUUUUUCAGUGUGCCUGCUUCUAAUACUAAAGAUGCAGGUGAUACUAGUAUUUCAAAGAGGGAACAGGAUCUCUCAUACACAACUUCUUUUGUUCUCAGCAUGGUUGAUAUUGCUUUGAGUUAUGAGCCCUAUAUGAAGAAUCUGGUCGUUCAGAGUCAAGUCUUCAAUUCGGAGUCUGACUUUUCUUGUGUCAAAGAAGAUACAGGUGAACAAUGUGUUGCUUGUCUGUUGGCUGCAUCCAGCUUGACUCUUUCAAAUUCAUCUUCGGCAGAUUCAGUUGAAAGUGUUUUCAAAAUCAGAGUGCAAGACCUGGGCCUUCUGCUUCAUUUAAUGUCAGAGCUGAAUUCUCUCUGUGGCACUUAUAGUGUAGAAAAUCUUCAAAAGACUGGUUAUGUUAAAGUUGCUCAAGAGGCUUUUAUGGAGGCAAUUUUGAAAACCAACUGCGGUAGUGGUCUUCUUUGGGAACUAGAAUUAUCUAAAUCUCACCUUUUUGUGGAAACUUGCUAUGAUACAACUGCUUCUCUGAUUCGUUUGGCUGCUCAACUUCAGCAAUUAUUUGCCCCUGAUGUGGAGGAAUCCAUUGUGCAUUUGCAGAACAGGUGGGUUAAUGUUCAACAGGCACAACAAAUGAAUGAAUUUAGCAAUGAAAGUGAGAAUCUCAGAUGUGACUCCAUGGCUUCAACUUCUGAACAAUGCUCCCCGAAAACAUUUUCGAAGGAUGGAUCUGGUGUAACUGGCUUGAUGGAUGAAAUAUGUGAAGAUGCAUUUCAAGUAAAUAACAAUUUUGCAUGGCAAUCUUAUUCAUUUGAAUCAGGAUUUUGCAUGCCACUUGAUGGAAGCUUAAUUAAGGUUGGUCAGAUGAAUUUGGAUGAGCCUGAAGUUCUCUCUCAGGAAUUAACUUUGACUGAGUCGAUGCCUGUAAUAGGACCAGAAGGUAGUCACACUUCAUUUCUGCAAGAGGGUGGCUUUCCAGAGAUUAUAGAAAGCUAUUGUUUGUCUGACUUACGCCCUCUCUCAGAGCUAUCUGUAGGUAUACAUUCUAAUGAGCUUUCUAGACGCAAACUGAGGAAUGUGGAACAUAAUAGAGAGAUUGAAAGAGGAAGUGGUGGAUGGUAUGGAGGAACCUCUUUAAAAGUAUUAGAAAACCACAUUUCAGAGGAAAGUGAACAAAUUGGGGUGACAAAGGCUGCAGAUCCUGGCAUGCUUCCAUCUAAUGGUAGUUCAUCACAUAGUGAUACUUGUGGACGUGUAAUUCUCAAGGAAAUUGAUAUAAGAUGGAGAAUGUAUGGUGGUUGUGACUGGCUUGAUUCAGGCAAAAAUGGACAGCAUUCUGGGAGAGACACAUCUGUUUGCUUGGAGCUUCAAUUGUCUGGGAUUAAAUUUCAGUAUGAUUUAUUUCCAGUUGGUGGACUACAUGCAUCUAAGAUGUCUGUGUCUGUUCAACAUUUUUAUCUGUAUGACAAAAGCCAAGAUGCGCCUUGGAAACUGGUGCUAGGAUAUUAUCACUCCAAAGGCCAUCCUAGGGAAUCUUGUACGAAAGCAUUUAAGUUGGACUUGGAGGCAGUGAGACCAGAUCCUCUAACUCCACUUGAGGAGUAUAGGUUAAAUGUUGCUUUUCUACCUAUGCUAUUACAUCUACAUCAGUGCCAGGUUGAUUUUCUUGUUGAUUUCUUUGUGAGGAAAAACUCAUUGAAUGAUCAGUUUCCUAAUAAUUGUCAAGAUUUGGAGGGUUCAAAUUCUUUGCCUGAGAAUAGUAAAGAUCUUGUAUGUCAUUCAAUUGCACAAGAGGCAUUGCUUCCCUACUUCCAGAAGCUAGACAUAUGGCCUAUUCUUGUCCGGGUGGAUUACAGUCCCAAACAUGUAGAUCUAGCGGCAUUAAGGAAUGGGAAUUAUAUAGAGCUUGUAAAUCUUGUUCCUUGGAAGGGGGUUGAGCUUAACCUGAAACAUGUUCAUGCUACUGGCAUAUAUGGUUGGGGGAAUGUUUGUGAAACAACUAUAGGGGAGUGGUUAGAAGAUGUAUCUCAGAAUCAGAUUCAUAAAAUACUGCGGGGGCUUCCUACCGUACAAUCAUUGAUUGCAGUUGUGACUGGUGCUGCUAAGCUGGUUUCAUCACCAGUAGAGAACUACAAGAAGGAGCGGAGAGUGCUCAAGGGUAUUCAGAGAGGGACAAUUGCUUUUCUUCGAAGCAUUUCUCUUGAAGCUGUUGGACUUGGAGUUCAUCUAGCUGCUGGAGCCAAUGACAUUCUACUCCGAGCAGAAUAUACCCUCGCAAGCAUACCUUCUCCAGUUCCUCUGCCUGUAAAAGAUAAAUCAAAGACAGACGUUCGAUCUAAUCAACCUAAAGAUGCUCAACAAGGAAUUCAACAGGCUUAUGAGAGUCUCCGUGAUGGCCUGGGAAAAUCUGCUGCUGUGUUAGUUCAGAACCCCUUGAAAAAAUACCAGCGUGGUUCAGGUGCAGGACCUGCCUUGGCAGCUGCUUUUCGAGGAGUUCCUACAGCUGCCAUAGCUCCUGCGUCUGCUUGUGCAAGUGCUGUACACUAUACUCUUCUUGGAUUCAGAAAUAGCCUUGAUCCCGAACGUAAAAAGGAGUCCAUGGAGAAAUAUUGUCCAACACAACCCUGGGAAGAAGACUGAUUAAUGUUGCCACUUGUGGCAUAUUACUUUGUUGUUGUACUAAAAUGGCAUUACAAUUGGAGCUCUUUUUAAUCUGCAGGGCAGUCUCUCGGGUAUCAUAUGUACGGUAACGGAACCAGUCAGCUAAUUCUUUUCUAUCUGAGUAAUUGUAUAUAAGUGUAAAUAUGGAUGGUGCUUCGUAUUCAUAUUCUUAUUCAAAAGUGCGUUAUUGUAGGUGUAGUGACCCCAUUGGUGUAGUUAGAUGUACAUAUCAUGUCAUUCUUUGAAAACCUUGAUUUCUAUGUAUAUUGCCUUUUAUUUAUUGUAAAUAGCGUAUCGAGUUUAUUACUAGAGUUCCAAUCGUUAAAUUUUUCUUUGUAAUUAGUACCAGAACUGCUGAUA